AUGAGAACGGAGAGCACGUCGACAUCUGAGCCUUCGACUUAUACGACAUCAACAGAUUCGACGACUUCUAUAGAGCCACCUUGGAUGAGAACGGAGAGCACGUCGACAUCUGAGCCUUCGACUUAUACGACAUCAACAGAUUCGACGACUUCUAUAGAGCCACCUUGGAUGAGAACGGAGAGCACGUCGACAUCUGAGCCUUCGACUUAUACGACAUCAACAGAUUCGACGACUUCUAUAGAGCCACCUUGGAUGAGAACGGAGAGCACGUCGACACAUCUGAGCCUUCGACUUAUACGACAUCAACAGAUUCGACGACUUCUAUAG